UUAUUCCCCAGAACCCAACUGGAAAAACAUCGCGCAGCACCCGAUCGCCGCGGGCUACCAACCCACAACCCUUGUUCCCGUCCGCCAACAACUAUCGCUUAAGAUAACAUCCUCAUUUUGUGCAAACCUCUUCAAUUUCAGAAAGCAAAACAGAAAAAAAGUAGCGUAAAAAAAACAAAACAAUUUAUUUGAGGCUUCGUUUUUUUCCCUCUUCAUUCUAGCUUCAACAAAUAUUGGAUUGGAGUUGUUGAAGGGUGGAUGUCUUGAAAAAGUAUCGGUUAUUUUUCAACACGUCGUAUCUGGAGUAACACCGCUGACGCAGUACACAGGUGUCGCCUUGGCUUUUGAUUGAUACACGAUUGGUAUAAACAGCAGCAGAGCUUCUUCCACGUCAGUCAAACAGAAUUAUUCACGGAGCUCGAACCCCCGGAAAUUAUGAGGAAGUUACUGGUAGUUUGUGUGGUCGUUGCAAUUUGCGUUGGCAUGGCAACGGCUGGCAAGAAGGAGAGAGCGCGGAAAGAGAGACGUAAGGAGGGAAAAAGAGCGAGGCCACAAGCUGAUGCCGUCCAAUCAGAUCCAUCAAUCACCCCCUCAACUUCCAACCCGAAGGAGGAGCAGCCACCGACAGUUCCCGAAACCGAUCCGAACCAACCCGAUUCACCCUCAAACCCCGAGGACCAAGCCCCGACAAAAACCGACAGGCACCCGCCGAGAUGCAGCGAGUGGGUUUGGGGCUCCUGUGAGGUACGGGACGGUAGGACAUGCGGGAGGGGUGUCGAGCGGGCCACGAGAGACGGUGAGAACUGCAAGAAGAAGGAGCAGGAUCGACCGUGUCGCGUCUACUGCAAGGAGCGGGCUCAGGGGGACAAGGCCAGGGAGGGAAAGAAGAAGGGAUCGGGGAGUAAGGACCGACAGAAUGACGGUAGUCCAAAGGGCUCCUCCGCAAGGGACCCACCGAAGCGCAACAAAGCUGACAAGGAAGAUGAGGAUGACAGCCCUGGAAAAUGCAAGUACGAUAAGAAAGACUGGACGGAGUGUGACGAGCAGACCAGCCUGCAGAUGAGAACGUUUACACUGAAGAGUGGUGACCCGACUCUAUGCGACCAGAAGAAAGUCAUUACCAAACCAUGUGAUAAGUUUCAGCGUCGUCUGGAGAACAAGAACGACUGCGAGUACAUUCUUGGCCCGUGGGGUUACUGUAAUGCUACGAGCGACAUGAGGCGUAGACGUGACACACUAAUCGACGAGUCUAAAGAGACCGCUGGGUGCAGGCUUGUACGGGAGAUACAUCAGCGGUGUGCAGUAGCUUGCAUGUACACUUGGGGCGAAUGGAGCGAGUGUGACGAAGAGGAGCAAAAAAGACUGAUAGUCGGCACCCUGGAAAGAGAUGAUAUCACUCCGCCAGAUUGUCAAAACACUAUGACCCGCACAAAACCUUGCUACGGGAAGAAUGGCGUUGAAAAGUGCCUUUUCGGUCCCUGGAGCGGUUUCGGCAAAUGCGUAGAGGGAUUCAAGCUGCGGACCCGUAAGCUGCUCGUGGGCGACAGGCGAUGUGAGCUACGGGCCAGCCACGCCGUCCCGUGCAAGGGCUGACAACUCUGCAACAUUGUGGACUCAAAAUGGUCCCCUGGGGGAAGCCAUGACAACCUUUUCUCCCAGAUAUAACCAUCAUUUUAUAAAUUCUUUGCCUUUUUUGUCUUGGAUGAUUGAUGUAUAUAAGA